UUGUAGCUGUUGUCCCACACACAAAUAAAACAUAGUAUAAGUUCUUAACAUUGGGAAUUCAUAAAGCUAACACUGCACCAGGAUUUACUACUUGCUGGCUUAAGAUCUAUUUCACAGAGCUUGCAAAGAUUUUUCCUUUUACAUAUAUUACGUUAAUGACAUACAUUUGAUUUAAUGGUUUGAAGACCAAGGUUCAAAUACAGUGAUUCCUCAACUUAAGAGCAACCUAACUUGCAAGUUUUUUGAGAUGUGAGCAAUUGCUUAGCCUUAAUAAAAAUUUGAGAUGUGAGCCAGAUCUGAAUUAUGAAUUGUGGGGCCAGGUGAUGUCACACGUAGUGGCAAGAUCCUUCCUUCUGCACAGGAGACAGAGGGGUGAUCUUGGUCUCCCCAGCAAGGCCAAGAAGGAGUCCUCUCGCCUGCCUGCCUUCUAUCAAGGCGGUGAUGUGGGGCUCCGAAGGGGUAGGGCUCGCCUUGGCUCCCUCAACCCCCAGCAAGGUUCAGCACUCGUCGAGUGGGUCUGGGGUACCACUACCACAUGGGCUUCCCCUACUGAGGCUUCAGCCAAAAGGAGUUAAGUGCUGAGUCACAGAGCUGCAGCCUGGGGAGCAUCAGUGACUAGGUGCUCAACUUCUUUAUGCAGUGGAGGAGGAGGAUGGAGGAGAGCCUCCUUGCCUCUCAUCUCUACCCCAGUCUCCCCAGCAUGGCCUAGCCCCAACAGAUGUUGGAAUGUGCCUUGGAGCCCAUCAGCUCUUGCAGCAGGAUGGCAAGACUUGGGAACAAGCCAGGCUGAGAAACCAAAGCUUGUGGCUUUCAGGGGAGUGCCAAUGGAGAAGAGCUACACCAAGCCCCACGGGGCCUCCUUCUCUGCAAGGUGCCUCAGGGAGGCUUCCAGCUUGGGCUCCAACAUAUACCAGCGUCUGAUAGAGCUGAUUGGGGGGGGGGGGUCCGGGUGGGUGGUGAAUUUAUGGGUCAAUAAUCAAUAGCAUUGCCAAUCAAUUCUAAUUAUGCUGGAGACAAGAAAGUAUACAGUAGAGUCUCGCUUAUCCAACGUAAACGGGCUGGCAGAACGUUGGAUAAGCGAAUAUGUUGGAUAAUAAGGAGAGAUUAAGGAAAAGCCUAUUAAACAUUAAAUUAGGUUAUGAUUUUACAAAUUAAGCACCAAAACAUCACGUUAUACAAAUUUGACAGAAAAAAUAGUUCAAUACAUAGUAAUGCUAUGUAGUAAUUACUGUAUUUACGAAUUUAGCACCAAAAUAUCAUGAUGUAUUGAAAACAUUGACUACAAAAAUGCAUUGGAUAAUCCAGAACGUUGGGUAAGCGAGUGCUGGAUAAGUGAGACUCUACUGUAUUUAGAAAUGCCAUAGUAAUCCAGGACCUAUUUCAAAGGCAGGAGAGGUUGGACCGGAUUAAUAGCAUUUCAAUGGGAAAAUUUGCUUUGAGAUAAGAGCAAUUUUAUUUAAGAGCGCAGUCACAAAAUGAAUUAAACUCUAGAUCAAAGUAUCACUGUAUCCACUCUGAAUGACCUUGGACAAAUCACAUUCUCAGCCUCAGACGAAGACAAAGGCAAGCCUGCCACCCCAUGAAGAGAAAACUUAUCCAGAAAGUACUAUGAUAGGUACAAGUUAUAAUAAAUCAGAAUAAACUUGAAGGCACUUCACAACAAUGUAAUAGUCACCCACAAGCUAGUAAUGCUCAGAUAAUGCUCAGAGACCAAGUCCCCCUGCCCCAAUCUAAACAGGUGCUGUUAAUGGGUUUUUUAAUCCAUUUUUUUCCAAAUCUAUUGCAUCAGUGGCUACACUUCUCCCCAGAUCUUCUCAGCAGUCUCAAAUUUAAUUGUAUGUUUGGGGAGAAAGGUUCAAAACUAGAAGACAAAAGAUAAUGGUCCUUAUGCUUGCACCUGGUCUUAAUUUAAUCUUCCUAUACAAAUCCUCCAGGAUCUUAAGAUCCUCUGGAGAGGACUUUUUUGGUGCCACCACUAUUAUGGUCUCAUUUAGUGAAUAUGAGAGCAUUUUCAAGACCCAUUUACACUGAAAUGUAUUUUGAAGCUAGCUUCAAACUGUUAAAAUAAUUAAAACACCAACAGCACCCACAAACUCAUUUUUAAAAACUUUCUGCUUUUUAAAGAUUGCAAGCUGAACAUCCCCUCUCAUUUUAAAAAUUGAUCCAUAAAAUUGGCAAUCAUCAACUGACGCUCUGGAGUGAAGAGGGGAAGCUGGGAAGACAGUUCUAUCUUGUCUUCUGUGCCAUCAGUUGGAGGCCCCUCCCCCAGUAACAUGCUAUGCUAAUAAUAUAGUAUUACUAGCUGUGCCCGGCCACACGUUGCUGUGGCUGAAGGGAAAUCAUUUGUUGACCAGGUGGAAUAGCAGUGAAUAGCCUUGCAGCCUUAAAGUCUGGGUGUUUUCUGCUUAUGUGAAUCCUUGUUUGGUGAGCUGGAAUACAAUGGAAUAGGUUUUCUGCUUGGAAGGCUGGGUACUUGCGUUGUAGGAAAAUGGUUUUUUAGCCAAUUUGAAUUGCACUGAAUAGCCUCGCUGUUUCAAAGACUGACUGCUUUUUACAUAGGGGCAUCCUUUCUUGGGCAGGCUGAGUGAGACAGAGUAGCCUCAUGGCUUGAAACCCUGAGGGUGUACUAUGAAGGGGAAAUCUUGCUUGGUUAGGUUGAACAGCACUGAAUAGCCUUGCUGUUUGGAAGCCUGGUUGCUUCCUGCCUGGGGGAAUUGUUUGUUGGGAGGUGUUAGCUGGCCCUGGUUGUUUCCUUUCUGAAAUUCCCAUUUUCAGAGUGCUGUUCUUUAUUUAAUGUCCUGAUUUUAGAGAUUAUAUUGUUUCUUCCUGCCUGGGAGAAUCCUUUGUUGGGAGGUGUUGGCUGGCCCUGGUUGUUUCCUGUCUGGAAUUCCCAUUUUCAGAGUGUUGUUCUUUAUGUAAUGUCCUGAUUUUAGAGAUUAUAUUGUUCUGUAUUAUUACAUCACAGUAAUGUCAGGUGUUAUAUUUGUUGCCUGAGAGUACAGGCAGGCGGGCCCCUCUUUCCAAUCCCUGGGGGAGUGAGAGAGGCCCAGGCAGCUGAGGCUGGGAAGGGAGAGCCCUCCUCUGAAGAGAGGGAAAGGGGAGGGGGGUGCAAGGAGCCAAGGCCCUGUUCCCCGGUGGCCCUGCCUAGGCCUUCACUGCCUUAGGCCGCCGUUUGCCUCUCCAGGCCUGGCCCAUGUGGCAGGCCUGGGCCCUCGCUGGCUGUUUAGGGCCUUCAGGACACUGGGGGGGGGCUCUUCCCGGUCUUGCAGCCACCCCUGCCUCCGCCUUUGCAGGCCUCCAUCUCAAAUGAAAAAAACCCCCAAAACCCAAACCUUGGGGCCUGGCACCCUGCAUCCGGCUAGCGGGGGGAGGGGGGGCAGGCCUGACUUUGUGGAAGGCCCCCUCCGACCUUCGGCUUUGCAGGGCUGAAGGUCCAAAAAAAAACUUUGGGGCCUCGUGGCCUCCCUCUGGAUGGUGGGAGGCUGAGGUGGCUUUUGGGGGAGGCGGGCUCCCUCCGGCCUGUGAGGCAUGGAGGAGGCUGCGGGGGGGGGGGCUGGCCCGUCUUUCUGGAAGCCUCCCCCACACACACCUUUGGCUCUGCAGGCCUGAACGCAGGAAAAAAAAAACCUUGGGGCCUCGCGGUCCUCCUCUUCAGUGGGCGUCACAGGCCCCGCCGCGUGGAGACUCCUCCUCCAACCACCAUGGGGCCUUCCAGUCAGGCUGACGGCUGGGUUUUUAAGGCCCCAUGGAGGUUCUUGAUGGGAUUUUUUCUUGUAUCAACCUAGAGGCUUGGAUGAUGGGUUGUGUUGUCAAAUUUUGAGGUUGGGGGGCCUUUACUUUUGUUGUUUUGCUCGGUGCCACGAUUCCAUCACCCUUUUAUAUAUAUCGAUGUGUGUGUGUGUGUAUGUAUGUAUAUAUAUACACACACACAAUAUAACUGACAAUAUAAAUAAUUAAUAUAUUGUAUAUACAUGUAAUAUUGAUUAUAAUAUUAUAAUGUAAUGCAAUAUAAUACUAAUAAUAAUACAAUAUAAUAAUAUUAAUUAUAUAUUAUUUAGUUCAUGUAAUAUUACUGGUAAUAUUACAGUAUAGUGGUGUGGUGCAAUAUGCUGCUAUAUGGUGCUAGUGUUGUGCUGUGCUACUGAUAUAAUAUACUGUAUGUCAUGACACAGCCACCUCUUAAAGAGCCACACACACAAUAAAAGUUCUUAAAUGUUUAUUAAAUGAUGUUUUAAAACUCAAAAAGCACUUAACUGCAGUGUUUCUUUUAAAAGGUAAAAGUCUUAGUUCAAAAGAAGUCAAAAAGCAAGAACAAAAGGAUAAUCCGGAUUAUCUGGCUUGAUAAUCCGCAUCAAACAAAACACAAAUAUCUCUAAAGCUGACGCCACACAAUGCUGUGGCUCAAAGAGCUAAAGAUGUGCUAAAUGCUCUUUAAAGGCAGCAAACAGAAGCGUAGUCGAAAGCCAAGCUGAGAUUCAAAGACCAAGGGAGGAAACUUGAGACGCCAAGCCAGGAGCAAGCACAAAUGAAGUCAGGAGUCGAACCGGGUUCAGUAGCCAGAAACGCCGAAGUAGAAACGCCAAAGCAGAAGCGCCAAAGCAGGGACGCCGAGGCAAGCACCAAGCUGGAAAGGCUGAAGCAGGCUCACCAAAGCGAACUCCAAACUGGAAGCGCCAGAGCAGGAAAGCAAAUGCAAACGUCAAGCUGGAAACACUGGAGCAGGAACGCUGGAGCAGUAACACCAAACGUCAAACUAGAAACGCUGGAGCAGGAACGCCAAAGCAAACGCCAAACUGGAAACAUCGUUGUCAGGAGCCGAACAGGAGUCAGAAGCCAGGAACACCAAAGCAGGAUUCAAUCCGGAUUAUCAGGAAGCUGUACAGCCAGGACCCAAGGAGAACAGGCAGCAACAAAGCAAAACCACACCUUGCCUUCUGCAAGGCAAUAGCUCUUGAAACUCCACUUUUAACUUACUCAUCGGAGUCCGAUGCUCAUGAGGCCUCCACCCUGUCCUCAUCAUCCACAGCUGAUCUUAAUCUCAUUUGUGGACCUCGCCUCUCAUCUCUCCAGUCCCUCCAUCUUCGUUCAAGACUUAGUUCUCCCCAUGUCCCAGGAGUAUGAGAGGCUUGCCAAUCUCCUGAUGCAGCCCCAUGAGCUGGCUCAUCAUCCACAUUUACUUGAGUCCAAUCAACAUUCUUCAUCUCACUCCCAGACCCAUCAUUCCCAGAGAACCCUUCAAAUGUCUCCUCAUCUGUGGGAGCAGUGAGUAUAGCCUGGAUCUUUUUCCUUUCUCUUUCCUCAUUCGACUCCUGCUCUCAAGUAGACCUUUUAGUUCCUCUACUCUCUGUGAAACCAUCAUCCUCCAACAUGGACUCCUCAUCACUAGAAAACCUAUAAAACGUCUCAUCCUCUGAAGGAGCCAUAAGUAUUUCCCGGACCCGCUUUACUUGUUGUUCUUAAUCAAGCACCUGCUCUCUAUUAGCUCUUUUCCUCCUUCCAGCUGUUUCACCCAUAGAACCAUUACUGCCCCUUGGCUCAACUACAACACUAUAUGUAAAUAUUAUUUGUAAGCCACUCUGAGUCCCCUUCGGGGUGAGAAGGGUGGGAUACAAAUGUAGUAAAUAAAUAAAUAAAUAAAUAAAUAUGCAUCGAUUAUAGGCUAUGUUCAGAAAAAAACAACAAUCCAAACCUUACUUAAAGGUGGGGGAAGGGGGAGAGAGGAGGGCUGUCAAGGCAAACUCCUUACAUUUCUGGAGCAGGAAAUGCACACCAAAAGACAGACAGUUUUGAUUACCCCCAUAAAAUAACACUUUUGAAUAACCCCCUUUUACAUUUCUUCUAUAGCAGUAGAAUUUUCAGACUAAUCCCCUAGUAAUGAAGAUAUGCACUUAUCCAUAGAGUGAAAGAGAAACUACUCAAGUCUAAUGCGUCAUCGGAUUUUUUAAAAAGGAAUUUCUAAAGAAGGAAGAAGCAGUGCCCUUCUCCCUGGCAGAAGACAAUGCCAAUUCUUCUUUAGAAAAGGAGCAUAUUUUCUCCUUUGUUUCCCAGUUUUUUUGUUUUUUUUUGGGGGGGGGGGGGUGAAGGAGAAAUAGUUUGGGAUGGGGAGGGGCACUGUUUUUAAUUCAUCUCCGUGGCUACCCUUGUGCCAUUUUCCCACCCAGGCAUUCAAAAACACCUUUUUCACGCCUGUUCCAACAUCAGCAGAGGCACCUGCAAUGGCUAGGAGCUCAGAGAGAGUGCCACAGCUGACUGUUUUGCAAUCCCUUUUUUAAAAAAAAAAUAAUUGUUCUGCUUUAAUAAACAAACACCUUUGGUUUUCUCCAGUCUUGCUUCAUCUAUCAAUUUCUUCAUCACUGAGUCAUUGCUGGGUAAUUUAAGGCUUGGACUGUGACAAGAAAAUGGCUUCCACUGGAAUUCACACUGGCUUGUAAAGAGUCGGUGAAAUCUCGAGAUAUGCAGCUUCAUUUUUUCUGCAUCCUUAUGUUGGGAGUGACACUGGCAACUACAGUGAACCCUGAGCCGUGCAGAUGUGAUGAAAAAGUAAAUACUUGCAUGGUUGUUGCUGGGAGUAAUGGAUUGCCAGGCACUCCUGGAAGUCCUGGUCUACCAGGAAGAGAUGGAAAGGAUGGUGCACAAGGUGAAAAAGGAGACCAAGGACUACGGGGAACCCAGGGCCCCCCUGGAAAAGCAGGACCUCCGGGUUCUAAAGGAGAGCAGGGUGAAAAGGGUGAAAAGGGUGAUAGAGACAGCACAGAACAUGAAGUUCUUAGGACUCGUGUUAGUGUUUUAGAAGCAGAACUGAAAGCUUUGCAAAUGUCUACAAGUAAAACUCAUAGAGCCUUUCUUGGCUAUAUUUUUCCAAACAGUACAAAUGUUGGAGCCAAAAUAUUUGCAACAAAUGGAGCUGAAGCUGACUUUCAGUCUUCAAAAGGGAUAUGUGAACAAUUUGGUGGCCAGAUUGCUUCUCCAAGGAAUGAAGAAGAAAACAAUGGCAUAUUAAAACUUGCAACAAUGUUUGGAAAACAUGUAUUUCUUGGCAUGAAUGACCAGGAGACUGAAGGAAUUUUUAAGCAUCUAAAUGGUAAACCCAUGGAAUAUUCAAACUGGGCAGAAGGAGAACCCAAUGGGGAACAUGAAGACUGCAUUGAGAUAUAUUUGAAUGCCAAGUGGAAUGAUAAUACCUGUGAUAACAAUCGGCUAAUAAUGUGUGAAUUUUAAUCUGACUUGCCUUUAUGAGUAUUUCGAAAUCUAGACCAGUGGUUCUCAACUUGUGGGUUCCCAGGUGUUUGGCCCACCACUUCCAGAAACCCCAGCCUGUUUACCAGCUGUUAAGAUUUCUGGAAGUUUAGGGCCAAAACAUCUGGGGACCUAGAUCUAGACUGACAUGGUUCAUGGAGUUGAUGAUGAUGAUGAUGAUGAUGUUUGCUGUGUCAUAUUCUGUCUUUGUAAUGAUGAUGAUGAUUAUUAUUAUUAUUAUUAUUUUAAUAUUUUUGUUAGUGACAUGAAAAUAUCUUUGGUUGUCAUUAAAUCAGCUUACACUAUUUUUAAUUGAUGUAAUCUAAUUGCCUCUCCACAGCCUAGUGAUCCUGCUUUUCUCUACUGGCAUUGCUAUCUUACACAAUCAUCUUCAGAAGUUGAAUUUUGAUAUGAUUUAGGGAUCAAGAUUUUGAUUAGAAAGCAGGAAUUAAUUGUGACAAAUUUCUCUCUUGCUACUGUUAUACUUAAAUAAUCUAAUUAUCCUUAUGAACAAAAGGAUGGCCAGAUGCAAGGAAGGAGAGGGCUUCUGUACCCAUAAAAGUAAAAUUCGAAUUGUUAUAGCUGUUGCUUGUUUCUUUUUUUUUAAAAUUAAAAACAUAGGAACCCCAUCCUCUGUUACACAUGUCAAUACUACUAAUGAAUAAAAAAGAAAAUAACUAUA